AUGAUGCAACCCAUGCAAGAUGACCUCAAAACUCAACCCUCUGUGCCUUCUACCAGUACCACCACUGUGGGGAAUGUGAAUGCCACUUGUACUACUGAGCUACAAACACAUCACUACCAACAGGACCCAGCAGUGAUCCAACCCACACAACCCACAAAUCAACAACAAGCAAUGAUGAUGGACAAUCAUUCCUCCCAACCAUAUCCACAACAACAACAACAAGAAGCAAUGAUGACAAUGCCUUCAGCCCCCACCUAUCAACCUGGAAUGAUGAUGACAAUGCCUUCAUCAACCACAAAUGGUGCUAUGAUGACCACUGCGACUCCUCCAUCCACAACAACUAUGAUCGACGUGCCCCCACACACACAACAUUUACAGAAUUCUCCGUUCAUGUCUCAACCCUGUGCAACCACCUCUGGAUUCCACCCACAGCAACAAGCAAAACAAGGAGUGAUGAUGAAUGCCACCACCUCUCCAUACUUGCAGCAACCACAACCACCUGUGUCCACCAAUGAAGUGUGUUUUCCAUCCACCAAUCAUCCCAAUGCUCCAGAUCUUUCCCUCAACAUGCAACCACAACCCUUCAUCAAGUUACCUCUUCCUUCACGUCCGACCUUUCCUGCAAGGUAUGGAUACAUUAAUAAUCAUCCAGCCUUGAAUCAGCAACCUCAGUCCUUGAAGAAUGCUCCAACACAGGUACCACAACAACCAACGACCACAUUUCAAUCUGAUUUGAAGAAGAAGGACGAUUCCUACGUCUUGAGUUUGAAACGUAAGAAUGCCUUGCUUUAUAUUCUGUUUGGUGCGUGUGGCUAUGGCUGUGGUGAAUGUUGUUCUGCUGCAACAUUGGGAGGUUCAACCUCAGGUUCUGGUGAAGGAGCCAUCAUUCUUCUCAUCUUCAUUCUUCUCGCUCUUGUGGUGUUGGUUUUCAUUUACGUCUUUGUGGUGAUUGUCUUGUUAUGUUUGGAAAAGAUUAGAAAAUUCAAAUUCAACGAUUCGAAGAGAACGCUCGAGAUUUCCAUUGCAAGACGUUUCAUUUUCCCAAGUUACUUUCGAAGCACAGUGAUUUAUUCCUAUGAUGAUAUUGUCAAUGUGGUACAUGUGAGAAAACUCUUCGGCGAUAAAAUUGUCUUGCUCACAAAGGAUGGUUUGCAACAUGAUUUGACUCGUCCUUCUGGAUUGAAAGUUUUGGAUGCUGUGUCAGGAGUGAAUUUUAUGAGGGAAUUCUUGGCGUUGAGAGGAGUUCAUUUACAACAACAACAAUAA